CGGCAAGUGCACACGGGCGAGAAGCCCUAUGCCUGCUCCACAUGCGGCAAGAGCUUUACCCAGUUGUCGGGGCUGCGGGAGCACCAGUGGGUGCACAGCAGUGAGCGGCCCUUCACCUGCUCCGACUGCGGCAAAGGCUUCAAGUCGUCCAAGGACCUGAAAGUGCAUAGGCGGCUGCACACAGGGGAGCGGCCCUACACCUGCAGCGAAUGUGGCAAGGGAUUCACCCACUCCAGCAACCUGCUGAAGCACCAGAACAUCCACACCGGUGAGCACCCCUACAACUGUGCCCAGUGCGGCAAGGGCUUCACCCAAUCCAGCUACCUGCUGGAGCACCAGCGCACCCACACUGGCGAGCGCCCAUACACCUGCGCCCAGUGCGGCAAGGGCUUCACCAGCUCUAGCAACCUGCUGAAGCACCAGCGCACCCACAACGGCGAGCGCCCCUACACCUGUGCCCAGUGCGGCAAGGGCUUCACCCAAUCCAGCAACCUGCUGCAGCACCAGCACACCCACAGCGUCGAGCGCCCCUACACCUGUGCUCAGUGCGGCAAGGGCUUCACCCAAACAAGCAGCCUGCUGGUACACCAGCGCACCCACACCGGCGAGCGUCCCUACAACUGUGCCCAGUGUGGCAAGGGCUUCACCCAAUCCAGCAACUUGCUGAAGCACAAGCGCACCCACACCGGCGAGCGCCCCUACACCUGCGCCCAAUGUGGCAAGGGCUUCACCCAAUCUGGCAACCUGCUGCAGCACCAGCUCACCCACACCGGCGAGCACCCCUACACCUGCGCCCAGUGCGGCAAGGGCUUCAUCUGCUCCAGCCAGCUGCUGUCCCACCAGCGGGUGCACGCCGGCGACCGUCCCAUCCCCAGCCGGGUGUGUGGAGAGAGCAUGGCCACGCACGCCCUGUCUCACCAGCACGUGCACACCAGUGGCCAGCCCUAGGACUGCCCUUACUGUGGUGAGGCGUUUGACAGCUCGCGGG